UGUUCAUGAAUUGAGACUUUUGUGAGGGCUGGAAAAUUUCAAUGCACUUUUAGUAGUAGUUUGACAUUGCACGGUGGAAUUUCAUCCUUGCUGACGACGGCCUACACACACCGAAGUUCAGAAAAUGAGUCUAAUUUUAAGUGCACGAAGGGAUCCUGAAUAAUCAUCAGAUUGUGAUGCAACGGAAAGCGUGCAUACCUCAAAUAUAGGAUUUCUAAGAUGGAGGGGUUUGGCAGAAUACGUUCUACCUGAUGACUACGAUGACGCAGAGUACAGUUCUUCCUUGUUCAACCCAGACUCCUUUGCCAUCUGCAGCUUUUUGUGUUUCUCCUUCUCAGUCUUUUGCAUUUGUAUGUAGGGUUUCCCCUCCGGUGAUUGCACAUUCACUGAUAGGGAGGGCUGUAUGUGUUCGGCACUGCUCCCAUAGCUUGGAAGCACGAUUGAGAUGGAAACAAUCGUUUAGGGCAAGUUCAGAUUUCUGGGUUGAAUUGCAGGGACAUGAGUCGCAGAGAGAUUCCUUUGACUUUUCCGCAUUUGGAGUACGUAAUCGAGACUGCCAGAAGUUGAAGUUGCGGUGUCGGGCUAUGGCGGAUCCGAGCGCAAAGGAAGCUGGUGGCCUCCCAGCGCAAGAGUUUACAUUUACGAAUAAAAAUGGACAGAGGUUGAAGGGGUUGCUUGUGGACGGCGGUGCUGGAUCGAAGGAGGUCUGCAUUCUAUGUCACGGCUUCCGAUCAUCGAAGCAGAGCGGCACCUUGAGUGCUAUUUCUGCUGGGUUGGCGGAGGCUGGAGUAAGCACAUUCCGAUUCGAUUUCUCUGGGAACGGCGAGAGCGAGGGGAAAUUUGCGUAUGGAAAUUAUUGGCAAGAGGUGGAGGACCUGCGCGCGGCGUUCGAGUUUUGGACUUCUAAAGGGUCCAGGGUUGUUUGUGUGGCCGGUCACAGCAAGGGUGGCAACUGCGUGGUAUUGUACGCAUCGAAGUACCAUGACGUGCCCUGUGUGAUCAACAUCAGCGGCCGAUUUGCCCUAGAGAAAGGGAUCCUGGAGCGAUUCGGGGGGCAAGAAGGGCUAAAGAAGUUGGAAGAUGAAGGAGUUCUGGACAUCAAAGAUGCAGCUGGAAAUGUUGAGUACCAGGUGACGAAAGCAGAUUUGCGAGACAGAUUGACUACGAACAUGCACGCAGCAUGUUUAGCCAUUCCUGAGUCUACCAGAGUACUCACCAUCCAUGGAACUAAUGAUGAGAUUAUCCCCGCAGACGACGCAUAUCAAUUUGCACAACGCAUCUCGACUCACAAGCUCGUGCUUGUGAAGGACGCCGAUCACAGCUACCGCGGCCAUCAAAGUCAGCUGGUAAAGCACGUUCUGGAGUUUCUAAAGGAGACCAGUGCUCUACAGGAAUCCAGCGCAUUGCAGACUUGACUCUAGCACCUUGAUCAGAGUGUGGAGUUUCAGUUAGGUUAUCUUAAUAUUCGUGAUGCACGUUUAUCAUUUCAAUAUGUUUUCGAACCGUGGCUAAACUGGAAGGCGCGGCUAUCUUUCUCGCGUCUUUGCGAAGGACACCUUUCAGUAUGUUUGAAAACAAAGUCUUAUGGCCGUUCCACCUUGCGUGCAUUUGCUAUCCAUAUCUGGCAGUAAACUACUUGGCUUGUACAAUUGAGCAACUUAGGACAUGAGAAAGAUAAACAGCGUAGGCAGCGACGAAUUCCGCAGAUUAAAGAUGUGUUUUCCGAAGAGGCGAAUCGUAAUGACAAAAGCUCCACAUUCUUUCACUGCA